AUGAAACCACUUCCCAAUGACUCAGGGGCCGUCACGUUGCCUGGCCCUUCUGCCCGGAGAGAGCAGGACUGGGAGAAGAUUUUGGCUUCAAAGAACAGGGACCAUACGGAGACCAUGAAGAAAGUGACCCAGACACAGAAGGCAGAAGGUUUGUCUUCUAAGGAUACUGGCUGGCCCCAGGAAAAAAAGAGGAAGCCUCAAAUUCCGGCACCAGUGACAUUCGAGGACAUCACUGUGGUCUUCACGGAGGCAGAAUGGGUGACACUGAGCUUAGAGCAGAAGAACUUGUACAAGGAAGUGACGCUGGAGACGUACAGGAACCUGCUCUCGUUGGGUGAGGAUGUGUUCUUUUCUCCUCCUUCACUAACUCAGUCCAUAUGCAUUGCCACCUAG